AUGAAAAACUCUAAUCUUAAGGGACCAACAAAUAGCAAGGCAGCUACGUCAACCACAAGGACAGAGAAAGACAACAAACUCGCCUUCCUAGACAACGCAGUUUUAAGAGAACCUGAAGGCCGCCUCACGACCUGCGUAUACAGGAAGCCCACGCACACCGAUCAAUACUUAGCAAACUUACCAAGACCGGAAAAACCGAACAACAUUGGCGAACCCGCCAACGAGUUCAAAGCUACUGCGGUUUUACCUUAUGUCAAAGGUCUGUCCGAACAGCUUCGUCGUUGCCUACAACAACAAGGCGUACGCGCUAUUUUUAAGUCGGAGACUACGCUAAGAUCUCAGUUAGUACGACCAAAAGACGCUGUCGACCCGGCUAAACAAGAUGGUGUAGUUUACAGGAUUCCCUGUGAAUGCAGCAAGGUGUACAUCGGAGAGACUGGAAGACCUUUGCAGGACAGAAUUAAGGAGCACGAUCGAGACAUUCGACUCGCGGUACCGAGACCUCCGCCGUUUCAGAGCAUGCCCACAACACCGGACACAAGCCACUCUGGAACGAAGUAA